AUGGGAACGAAGCGGCGACAGCGGUUGGUCCGUCGCACGGGCGCGGGCAGUGCGCCUGAGUGGGUGUCUCGCGUUGCAGAUGCAUGGGGCGGGCGGGCGGCUGCAGUGCGACGAGUGGGCGGCGGCGCGCGCGGUAGAGUGCCGGCCACAUGCGCCCGCGCCAUGUGGCGCGUGCUGCUGGCCCUGGGGGCCGCGUGCGCCACCGCGCGCGCUUCGCAAGACGUGGUCCUCUCCUUCAGCGACCCUGUGACGGCGCCCUAUUCAUUCUUCAAUCAUCUGGCCGUCGACCGAAACACCGGCCGGGUGUACGUCGGCGCUGUCAACAGAAUCUACCAACUCUCCCCCGACUUGGAAGUCGCUCAGUCGAUCGUUACGGGCCCUGUUAACGACUCUGCCCUCUGUACCUUCGACUGCCCUUCUAAUUAUGUGAAGAAACCUACGGACAAUGUGAAUAAAGCUCUAGUGAUUGACUACGCUACCAGCCGCCUGAUCACGUGUGGUUCGGUGCUGCAAGGGUUGUGUUCUGUACGAAACUUGAAUAAUAUUUCUCACGAUGUGCGCGAAGUGCGUGAGCCAGUUGUGGCGAAUAAUGCAACUGCCUCAACAGUGGCAUUCAUCGCUCCCGGACCUCCAAAUCCUCCGAUGACACAAGUUAUGUAUGUAGGCGUCACCUUUACAGGCAACUCGCCUUAUCGUUCGGAAGUUCCUACAGUAAGCAGUCGCUCUCUCGAAGAUGACCGUCUAUUUAUGAUAGCUAGAACGGCGGUUACGACUGGUACCAGAAUGUUUGUCAAUUCACUAUCUCGCGAACGCUAUCCAAUUAAUUACGUCUACGGUUUCAAUUCGGAAGGAUUCAGUUAUUUUUUGACAACUCAAUUGAGGGGUGUGGGCUCUGACACAUAUUACAGCAAACUAGUCAGAGUCUGUCAUGAUGACGAGAAUUACUAUUCCUAUACUGAAAUUCCAAUGUCAUGUACUGGAGAAGGUGGUGGAAAUUAUGGAUACAACCUGGUUCAAGCAGCGUUUGUGGGUAAAGCCGGUUCCGUUCUAGCUGGAGAGUUAGGGAUAACUGCUCAACAUGACGUGCUGUUCGCUGCUUUUAGUCAGAGUGAAUCAAUCAAUACUAACACUCCUUCUGAUCUGUCUGCACUGUGUGUUUAUUCCCUCAAAGCAAUCCGGCGUAAAUUCAUGCAAAACAUCAAGACCUGCUUCAGUGGUAAUGGUUCUAGGGGCCUAGACUUUAUAUCACCAUCCCACGCUUGCAUUGGAACAAAGCUACAAUCAAUUAGUGAAGAUUUCUGUGGGCUUGAUGUAAAUACGCCCCUGGGAGGUGAACAACCAGUGGAAGCAGUACCUGUUGCAAUAUUCACUAAGAGGCUAACGGCGGUUGCAGCGACCGCUACUGGCGAUUACACCGUUGUGUUUGCUGGCACUGCCCAGGGGCACCUCAAGAAGAUCGUCGUUGAGAGCGCCACUUCCGCGUUUGAGUACGGAGAUAUCGUCGUCGACGAGGGCUCCGCUGUCAACAAGGAUUUGCAUUUCGAUACUCAAUUUAUGCAUUUAUAUGUGAUGACUGAACGUAAAGUGUCUAAAGUGAAAGUUCAAGAGUGUAGCGUUUAUAAAUCAUGCUUAACUUGUCUCGGAGCCAAAGACCCGUAUUGUGGAUGGUGUUCUUUAGAAAAUAAGUGUAGCUUGCGGUCAGACUGUCAAGACGCAGCUAAAGAUCCUUUGUAUUGGAUCUCUUACCGUAGCGGCCGUUGUACAACUAUUACCCAAGUAACACCAAAUCAGUUGCAACGAACGACUGCUAGAACGUUAGAUUUACUUAUAGAAAACUUGCCAACGCUCAAUGGACAAUUCUUGUGUGCAUUUACAGCUCUAGAUCGUACUCUCACUACUAAUGCUACUAGAAAACCUUAUGGCGUUAAUUGUACCACUCCGCGUACCGACACGCUGCCCUCUAUACCCACCGGCCAGCAUCAUUUUACAGCGAAACUGUCGGUUCGAACCACCCAAGGGCCUGAUUUUGUCGCUACUAAUUUUACAUUUUUUGACUGCAACACGUACAGCUCGUGCACGCAAUGCGUAAGUUCCUCAUUUCCUUGCGAUUGGUGUGUCGAUGGACACCGCUGUACACAUGACACAGCUGAAAAUUGUCGAAACGACAUUCUAGUCACCGGUGUUAGUAGAAUCGGUCCCAGUUAUCGCUCAGGACCUGGCUUCUGUCCCACUAUAAAUUCAACGUCUGACGGCACAAACGAGAUUUUAGUUCCAUCCGGUGUAAAGAAAGCUAUAAAAGUUAAAGUCCAUAUAAUAGGUCAAUUUAUCGUUCAGACAAGGUUCGUUUGUCAAUUCAAUAUAGAGGGGCGUGUGACUCAUGUCAACGCUCAACUCCUUGCUGACACAAUUUACUGCGAAGCUGUUGAAUUUACUUACACAUCUCGAGCUCCAAAUAUUACCGCUUCGUUUGCUGUCAUAUGGGGAGGAUCUAAGCCUUUAGAUAAUCCAGAUAAUACUCACAUCUUAAUUUAUCGUUGUAAUGAUAUGGCAGAUAAUUGCGGUAUGUGCCUCGCGCUCCCAGAAAAGUUUGGAUGUGGUUGGUGCCAAGGAUCCGAUAGAUGCGAAGUUCAAGAACAAUGUGGUGUUCCUAGCGUAUGGUUGAACCGUACUCAAACUUGCCCUAAUCCGGAAAUACACUCAUUUAGACCUCAGUUAGGUCCCUGGGACGGCGGUACUAAUAUAACAAUUGAAGGUAUCAACUUAGGUCGCAACAUAUCUGAUAUUUAUAACGGCGUUACGAUUGCAGGUAUCAAAUGUCAACCUAUCAUAGAACUUUAUGUCAAAACAAAACAAAUUGUCUGCACUGUAGACGGACCUGGCGAAGAAGUGCCUCGAGACGGCCCCGUGGUCGUACGCGUUGCGGACUAUCGCGGAGAAUCGAAACAUCACUAUGCGUUCGUAAACCCUAAAAUAAAUUCAAUUCAACCGAAAUACGGUCCCCAAUCUGGAGGUACAAAGUUACGUAUAACAGGCGAAUAUCUCAACGCAGGGAGUAACAUUCAAGCAUUUAUAGAUGACUUGCCAUGCGCUAUACUGUCUGUAUCACAUGAAGAGGCUGUCUGUAGAACUAGUCAUUCAUAUCAAAUUAAAAUGGGUACUUUGCGAAUGCGUUUCGAUAACGGUAUGCGAACACUAGAACGUGAAAAGUUUGAAUAUAUGGAGGAUCCUAUUGUUGUGUCUGUGGAGUCAGGUCCACCUUUGACGACGCAAAGAAAACAACCGAAGGGUAUACCAUCGGGCGGCAUAAGUAUUAAAGUAACCGGUCAAAAUUUCCAUACAAUUCAAUUUCCGCAGAUAUACGUGUAUCACGAUAACCGACCCUAUAUCGCCCCUUGUAACAGGAUUGAUUAUCAGUCGCACCUUAUUUGUGAAUCUCCGGGAAUAGAAAGUGCUGGUCUUGUUCUAGAUCCAGAUAGACCUUUGGAAUUAGAAUACGGUUUUAAUAUGGACGAUGUUCAAAGUGUUCAGAAUCUGACUAGUAAAAGAGGCGAGGCGUUCUUACUUUACCCCGAUCCCGUUUAUGAGAGAUUCGACGAAGACGUAAAGUAUUUUAAGUCUGAAUAUUUAACAAUUAACGGUCAAAAUCUCGAUAGAGCUUGUACUGAGCUUGAUGUGGAAGUUCAUAUAGGGGAUAGUUUAUGUAACGUGACAUCUCUGUCAAGGCACCAAUUGACUUGCCGUCCGCCUUCGCGAGAUGAACUUCCUGACGGCGUAGAUACCCCCGAAGUAGUAGUCAAAGUUGGACGUGCUCUCACGUACAAGAUCGGUAAAUUAUCUUAUUCAUCGCAAGCUGGCCUCCAAGCCGCCAUUGGCAAACCAGCUUUAAUAGGGAUCGGGGUCAGUGCCGGUAUACUCCUUUUGAUAUUUUUCGGAUUUUUAGUUAUGUAUAGGAGAAAAUCAACUGAAAAUAUUAGGGUAUUAAAGAAUAUGCAAGAACAAAUGGAUAUUUUAGAAUUAAGAGUAGCUGCCGAAUGUAAAGAGGCGUUUGCCGAGUUGCAAACAGAAAUGACGGAUUUGACCGGAGAUGUGACAGGCGGUAUACCUUUCUUAGAUUACCGUACGUAUGCUAUGAAAAUAUUGUUCCCUAACAUCGACGACCAUGCCGUCCUGCAAUGGGAGCGCCCAGAGCUUAUUAGAAAAGACAAAGGUCUCAGAAUGUUUGGGCAGUUAAUUAUGAACAAAACAUUCCUUCUAUUAUUUAUUCGUACUUUAGAAAGCAAUAGAUAUUUUUCAAUGCGCGAUCGUGUUAAUGUAGCUUCUCUUAUUAUGGUUACUCUUCAAAGUAAGAUGGAGUAUUGUACUGAUGUAUUAAAGACAUUAUUAGCGGAGUUAAUAGAAAAGUGUAUGGAAGGAAAGAAUCACCCCAAGUUGUUAUUGAGACGUACCGAGAGCGUCGCGGAAAAGAUGUUGAGCGCUUGGUUCACUUUCCUCCUAUAUAAAUUCCUGCGCGAGUGCGCUGGCGAACCACUGUACCUGUUGUUUAGGUCGAUGAAAGGUCAAGUCGACAAAGGGCCUGUUGACGCGAUUACUUCCGAGGCACGAUAUUCCCUAAGCGAGGAAAAACUCAUCAGGCAGUCCAUAGAUUUCAAACCCAUGACCGUAAGUGUGUCGAUAUCACAACAGACGUUAUUCGUAAGUGGUUUAGAGGCUACUACUGAAAACGUCCAUGUUAAAGUUCUCGACUGUGAUACGAUAAGUCAAGUAAAAGAAAAAUGUUUAGACGCGAUUUACCGUGCAACUCCAUACUCCCAGAGACCAAGUCGUGAUGACCUCGACUUGGAAUGGCGCACGGGCGCCUGCGGUCGUCUUAUCCUCUACGAUGAGGAUAGCACUACUAAAUGUGAAGGCGAAUGGCGCAAGCUCAAUACUCUUAAUCAUUAUCGCGUACCGGAUGGAGCAUGUCUCAGUCUCGUUGCCAAACAAAGUUCCGUAUACAAUUUAUCGAACAUGGAAAAGAACGACAAGUCCCACACUUAUGAAACACUUAAUCGCGGUAAAUAUGGUUCGGCUAGCCCACCAGCCAGUCCCCUUAAAUGUGAACAUGGUGGUGGUUUCAAAUACUGGCAUUUAGUGCGCCACCACGAUGAUGACGCACGCAAAGAGGGAGAGCGUGGCAAUAAAAUGGUCUCGGAAAUAUAUCUCACCCGUCUUCUUGCUACCAAGGGCACUCUGCAAAAGUUCGUCGAUGAUUUAUUCGAGACUAUUUUUAGCACAGCGCACCGUGGUUCGGCGCUUCCUCUCGCUAUAAAGUACAUGUUCGACUUCCUCGACGAUCAGGCAUUGCAGCACACAAUCUCUGAUCCGGAGGUUGUGCACACCUGGAAGAGUAAUUCCCUUCCGCUACGUUUCUGGGUCAAUCUGAUUAAGAAUCCUAACUUCGUCUUUGACGUUCAUAAGUCUAACACUGUAGAUUCUUGCUUGUCAGUGAUUGCGCAAACAUUUAUGGAUUCGUGCUCCACAUCUGACCACAUCCUUGGUAAGGACUCGCCGUCGUCCAAGCUUCUUUACGCGAAAGACAUUCCUGUGUAUAAGGAGUGGGUGGAGCGUUAUUAUGCAGAUAUUAAGUUAAUGCCAGCGAUAUCCGAUCAGGAUAUGAACGCUAUGCUCGCGGAGGAGUCCCGUCUCCACACUAAAGAGUUCAACACGAAUUGUGCGCUGAACGAGCUGUACGCGUAUGCAGAAAGGUACAACGAGCAGCUAACGGUGACCCUCGAGGAGGACGAGUUCUCGCAGAAGCAGCGGCUCGCGUACCGCCUCGAGCAGGUGCACGGGAUGAUGUCCCACGACUAUAACGUGUGA